AUGGCUCUACAAACACGAAGCAGAUCACCGCAUAAAGCAUCAGAUAAGGACAUCUGGUGUAAGGUCAAAGACGGCAAGCGCCUCGUGAAGGUUGAUGCCGCCGGUACAGAUGUGCAGACAUUGAGCGAUGUGAAUGACGUGGUUCGCGUGGUGAAGUUCAUUGUGAAGCCAAAGCUGGACAACGUGCCAACCGAUGAGUUGGUGCUUUACCGGACAGAAGAUGCAAAGAACCGAUCGGAUGAGCAACUCCCGUCCAACAUGCCAAUCUCCGAGUUGGUGCAACAGUCCUUAGGUUUAUACGGUGAGCCAGUCUUCCUUGACUACGAUGCCGCGACGGCCACAUCAUCACAGGCAAAUGAGAUGUUCCAUCUGGCUGCUACUCUGAGAGGGUGGGGCAACGUUUUCGGAGCACGCCGUGCGCUGUUCACCUUGGCAGCAGAGUGCGCUGCAUAUGGUCAAAUUGGCGAGUGCAUCAAGCAUAUCCCUGUGCUCGGGCAGACUGACAGCAUUGGCUUGGACUUAUGGUUUCGCUCUGAAGAGUCCCGUGCAAGGUUGAUAGGUGCUGUGUAUAGGCAUCCUUCCGCCACUGACGAGUCCAUCCAGUUGACGCUGAAGAAGCUCAAACCACCUGAAAGCAUUGAGGCAAUACUGCCGAAUCACUAUGAGCGGGACGACGGCAGUCCUGAACAACAUGCUAGCACCGGAGCUGGGUCGACUGCACCAGCAGCUACACAGGCAGCUCAGCUGCGUGCAAAACUACACCUGCAGCGCUUGGACAAGGUAGAGGACAAGAUUUAUCAAAACAUGCACAUCAUCCCAGCAGCACUGUUAGAUGAUGGACGGAAGCUCGUAUGUGAAUGGUUGUUCUUGAGUGCCAGUCCUGUUUUUCACGUGUACUUUGAUGGUACAGACACGGCUCCGCACAUCCAAGUGAGGAUUAUGGAGAGAUCUUCAUCAUGUGAUGGUCUCGUGAACUUCACCGUGGAGGUGAACACUGGCAUGGUCGGGGCAGACACUUUCAUCUCGAAGCCUGCCAAUUCCUUUGACCUCCAAAAACCAGACAUUGGCUACCAAACCUUCGUAAAAGUGCCCGAAGCGCAGGCAGAUCAUUUCGAGCGCGCCGUCAAGUGGCGCUGCGCGUGUGUUGAAGCUGCAUGGGCAAGGAAGAGCCAAGGACAUCCGGUUAGCAUCACUGGAGAUCAUGUGUGGUGGCAGCUCUUGGAGCUUCCCGCCGAGCUGCAAGUGGCCGUAGGUGAAGCCAAAAAGGCUGCGGGCCUCGGUGCAGAAGUUGACACCGGCAUUGCAGCAGCAGUCGACUAA